AAACUCGAGAGGCGGAAUUUCGCGUUCAUAAAGUCAUUUGAGAGUGCGGUUACCGGAGCUGCCAGACGUGUGCAGCACUGAACAAUGGACACAGAGGGCUUCACGUCGCGUGCUUGGCUGGGCCACUGGGUCUCAGGCGAGGAGGAGCCGGUGAACAACUACUACGAGGACCACAAACUCAUGGAGGGCGCACUCAUUAAGCUGGGCGACUAUGCGCACUUCCGCUACUUUUUGCUGUUCCGCAACGGCCGCUUCUGCUACUACGAGCUGCCAAUGCCAGCAGCAGCCCCCGGAGGCGGGUCCGAGGGGCCUAGACGCGUGCAUCUGACGCUCACGUCCAAGCACCUGCGCGGCGUUAUGAUGCUCAACGCGUCAGUGAACGCCAAGGAUUUGGCCAAGAGCGAGGACGAGUACGAUGCCGACCUCAUCAAACGCGGGCUCGUGUUCAACCGCAAGAAGCUGGAGAUGCAGCUCACGGGCUACUCGCCCACGGGCCAGCUCAUGUGCUGGAAACUGCGAGCUGGCAAGGAUGCUGUCUACCUCAAAUGGGAACGUGCUUUUCGACUGGCCUUGCGUCCCAUUUGGGUGCAAAACUCCAAGUGCUGCAUGGUCUGCAAGAAGGAGUUCAGCUUCUUCAUCCGCCCACACCACUGCCGCAAGUGCGGAACGUGCAUGUGUGACGAAUGCUCCGUGUUCGUCCCGCGACUGCCAAUGCAGGGAUACUACGAUGAAGUGCGGAUCUGUCGGGACUGCUCGCCAAUUAAGAUCCAGCGAUCUUCACUGAAAAUGGGCACUCGUGUGUUGGUGUACGGGAUUUUAGUGGGCAGAGUGGUGCAGGUUGACGCUGCGGAUGACUCAGUGGACGGAAGUGCCUUCGUGAACGUGGAAUUAGUGAAGAAAAACAACCAGUUACGUCGGUUUGCACUGGAGCACGUGGAACUCUACUCCGACGCUGUUCUGUCGGCCAACCGCAUCAAGAACGCCAUCCGUCAACACUUGUCGUACGCUGUAUUUCGAACACAACUCAACUUUAACACGUGGAACUUGCUGGAGACCGUUCAAGAGCAACGCACAGUGCAGAUGGUGCGAAUACUCAACAAAUCGACGAGUAUCAACGAGCUGCAAUCGAUGGUGCCGAUGCUGGGCUCUUUGGACACAAUGCAGUUCCCCGACGACGACGUCUCUGAAAAAGACCGUGUGAAGGAGUCUCUGUCGCAUUAUCGUGGUGUUCAUGUGUCGUUCCCGUUGCGGUUGGACACGGUGAAGAAGCUGAUCAAUCAGUUUCGCAAUGGAAUUCUGCUCCACCGUGUUUUCGUGCGGCAGAUUUUGGACGAAUCGGAGAAGCUGUUUCGAAAGAUGCACGACUCGCCAAUGAACGAAAUCGAGAUCCCUAUGGGUGUGCAGUUGGUUGUAGUUGGCGAUCUGCAUGGGCAAUUGGAAGAUCUGCUUACGAUUAUGGACAAGAACGGUGUGCCCAAUAGCAAGACGUGGUACCUCUUCAACGGAGACUUCGUGGAUCGCGGAUCGCAUGGAAUCGAAGUGAUCCUGUUACUGCUAAUAUUCAAGCUGCUGUAUCCCGAAUAUGUCUUCUUGAACCGUGGGAAUCACGAAGAACGUAUGAUCAAUGAGGUAUUUGGGUUUGAAGAUGAAGUGUAUACCAAGUACGGCACGGACAAUGACGAGGUGGCUGGAUGGAGUGGCUUGGGUACGUCGAUGAAUUACUCGCCGAUGAAGCUGUUCCAGAUCUUUGAGACAGUUUUCGGGCUGUUCCCGAUCUUCGCGUUACUCAAUAAACGCGUCUUCAUUGUGCACGGAGGUUUGAGUAACCACGAGAAUGUCACGAUUGAGGAGCUGCUACAGCUUGACCACAGACGUGAAAUUCCGACGCAAGGGACAAGUCGAGCUGACGAGGUGUUUACACAUCUCUUAUGGAGUGAUCCGCGUGACGAGAAUGGGUGGAAACCGUCUAGUCGAGGCGCUGGCGUGGAGUUCGGUCCUGAUAUCACCAAAGCCUUUUGCGCGCAGAAUGGAAUAAGUCUCAUUAUUCGAUCGCACGAGUGCCGAGAAGAAGGUUUCGACAUCGUCCACGACGGUUUACUUCUCACAGUCUUUUCAGCGUCGAGUUACUGCGGUUCCCAGACGAACAAAGGCGCCUAUGUUCAGCUGGAGUUGGGAGAAGACAACGAAGUGAAGCCUCAUGUGGUGCAAUUCUCUUCACAACCGCUUCAAAAACUGAAGGAUGCUGGACGCAAUGAGUGGCGAAAGAAAGCUCAGCGAUUAGAGCGCAGAACGCUGAUGUCUCUUGUGGAGAUUAUUUGCGAAAAGAAGCAUGCCCUGCUCGCUGCUUUUAAUGAGCUCGAUUCUACUGGUUCCGGACGAGUUACGAAGCUUGAAUGGAAGGCAACUUUACAGAAGGUGUUGGGUAUUGAGGCAAGCUUUCUCUCGUAUUUCCAUCAACUCGCUGAGGAGGAGCAGGAUGGUGGAGUCGACUACCAGAAAUUCCUCAAUCGGUACACUGUUGAACUGGAUGGUGGCAACGUGGAAUGGAGGCGCAAUCUGAUCCGUAAGGUUUGGAAGGGAUUCUGUCAAGCGCUCCCGCAUCCCUCGGAAUCGGAUGCAGAGAAGAUGACGCUCCAGGACAAACUUCAUUUCGCGUUCAAUCUCUUCCAGUCUUCCCCGGCUGGAGCUGCCAAAGCAGCGACACCUCUUUCGAAGAUCGAAGAAAGCGGACCACUUAGCACUUGUGGUUAUGGUGAUAAGCCCAAGGAAAGCUACAUGCGUAAUAGUCUGGUCACGUACGAGGUGUUUCGAAACACCAUCCAAGGCAAACUGCAGCUUGGUGACACUCUGUCAGAGCAGCAGAUCUUUGAGCUCAUGCAGCAUCUCGAUCAGAACCAUGACGGUGUGGUCGACUACCAGGAGUUUUGCUCCUUCUUCGCCGAGUUCAGUCGCACGGAUUAUCUGCAAGAAAUCUUCGAGGUGGACGACACGAAGGCCAUUUCUCUUCUGAAUCGUUGCGCUGCUCUGCUGCAGAAUCCCAAUAAAUUCAAGUCGCUGCGAGAAGCGUUCGAUGCAUUUGAUCAUAGCAAGACAGGAAAACUAACAGUGGACGAUAUUUUGAAGGGGACGCAGGAGCUGAACAUGGUACCUGAGCUGGACAAUGAGGAAGCGCAGCUGCUGUUCAACUCGAUCCUGCUCAGCUACUAUGGAAUUAAUCAGAGGCAUCAGUGGGAUAAGCGGGGCUUGGACUGGGUCGUGUUCGAGGACACAUUCUCACCUGAUAGCACCUUCCAGCGACGUCUGUGGUUGGCAAGUCUCGGAGCUUCAAACACCAAUUUGGCAGCGCUAGACAUCGGGGACGACGAUGUUCAGGACGGACAGGCUUCAAAGAACCAGGCGUGGACGGACACAUUUGUUGACAGCGUUAAGCAGUCACUCCACGAGCAGCGUUUGUACAUCAAGUUCCUGUUCCGGAUACUGGACCGCAAGCGACACGGAUACGUCACCAAGCAGCAGUUUGUCGCCACCAUGCAGGCCAUCAACGAGGAGCACGGCGCGCCGCUGAAGCUUUCCCAGCUCGAGCAGCUGGCAGACGCUUUUGCACAUCGUAAGACUGUGCGACGCAUGUCAAAUGCAGGGGAAGAAACAGAGGAGACCCGUACGUACGUCUCCUAUCCAGAGUUUCUGCGCAGUCUGCGUAUCAUCGACUCGGGGUCGACGGAGGGCACUGCCGUUUUUCCAGAGAUGCAAGAGGCAACGGAUGCAAGCAGCGGCGAGUAGUGAGUUUGUCCAACAGUGUACAUGCUUGUUGAUAUGUAUAUGCUAGAGAAUAAUAGUCCUUUUUUACAAUCGAGGUUAUACCUUGCUUCAGUAGACGGGAGCGGAACCUGUAUAUACAGAUAUUGUUGA